AUAUCGUCCUCAAUGCCUCUUCUAUUCCACCACUUUCUCGAAUUGCCUAGUGCUUAAAAGGGGAAUUUGGCAUGAAUAAUAUGGGGGAGCUCAUUUUUUUUCUUGGCAUCAAUGUCCAUUGCACCAAAGGCGGUUUGCUCAUGAAAUCCUAGAAAGAAUGAGGAUGGUUUCCAGCAAGCUCAUUAUCAUGCAUCUUGAUACCAAAGUGCCCACGGAGCGCCCAUCUCACAGCCGGUGACAGCCCUAAAGAGGGUCCUCCAAUAUCUUCAUGGCACGGUGAUAAUCUCGUCUCUUGGUCUUCAAAGUGGCAAGCCAUCACGUCGCGGUCUAGCGCCUGAAGCUAAAUAUUGUGUUCCAACGCCCCCUUGAGUAUUUUAAACUUGAUAUGUGGAACAAUUGCAUCCAAAGUAAGACGUUGUAAAGUACUGUGCAAGUGUAAAUUACCAAAAGUUAAAAUUGUUUAUAGAGUGAGUUGUUUAAAGUAAAGUAAUACAUAGUUAAGAGUUUAAUUAAUACCCCAGCGUAUUCGAAUGUAUAAGUAAUGUGCCAGAAGCUGCACCCUGUGAUCCGUUGGGGUAGACAUCUCUUCCACCUCUACUUUUGCACGAGAGUUCCUUCAAAACUGGUUGUUUCUUCCUCGGUCGAACCAUGACUGAAAAUAGGCAAGGACGAUUCCCUUUGUAUGCACCAAACCACAUUUCAAUAUCAUCGUUCUCCAAAUCAAUGGUGUUCAUAUAUCCAGCUAUUUCCUUGGCAAAUAGUUCCACAUAUUUUUUACUCUUAGAAUACUAUAAAUACAUAAUGAAUCUGAAACAGACUAUAUAUGUGAACAUUGCAAUGUUUUUAAAAAGAUAUCAUUACUUACCAUUAUCUCAUCAAUAUAUGUACAUGCUUUUUCCCACAAUCUCACUUGUCUUGUCCGCUGAAGACACCAACUAAUUUGGAAGUAAAUUGCUCAAUUUUAUGGAUGGCAUCACAAACCGAAGGCAUAGGUAAAAGAUACCAUAUAAUUCCAUGAAACUCUUAACUAAUUUGAUGCAUAGGAAUAGUAAAACAAGAAAAAAAUCAUGAAUAAUCUCACGAAUUCAAAAACCAUCUUUAUCAUGUAACGAGACUCUAGCGUCUGAAUCAACAAGGAUGCCGCCCUUGAAAAAAAACAGCAACGGUAGCUGUUCCGUAUGCCUGUUUAGAUAAAAAAUAAGAUCGAUAUGCAUUGAAAAACUUCUUGAACUAAAUUUUAAUGCAUAUCGAUCUUAUUCUUUUUAUCUAAACAGGCACACGGAACAGAUACUGUUGCUGUUUUUUUCAGGGGCGGCAUCCUUAUAGGUUCAAAUGCUAGAGUCUCGUUACCUGAUAAAGAUGAUUUUUGAAUUCGUGAGAUUAUUCCUGAUUUUUUUCUUGUUUUACUAUUCAUAUGCAUCAAAUUAGUUAACAGUUUCAUGGAAUUAUAUGGUAUCUUUUACCUAUGCCUUCAGUUUGUGAUGACUUCCAUAAAAUUGAACAAUUUACUUCAAAAUUAGUUGGUGCCUUCAGCGGACAUGUGAGAUUGUGGGAAAAAGCAUGUAUAUAUAUUGAUGAGAUAAUGAUAUCUUUUUAAAAUAUUACAAUGUUCACAUGGAUAGUCUGUUACAGAUUCAUUAUGUAUUUACAAGAUUCUAAGAGUAAAAAAGAUGUGGAAAUAUUUGCCAAGGAAAUAGCUGGAUAUAUGAACACCAUUGAUCUGGAGAUUGCUGAUAUUGAAACAUGGUUUGGUGCGUACAAAGGGAACAGUCCUCGCCUAUUUUCGGUCAUGGUUCGAUCGGGAAAGAAGCAAUCAGUUUUGAAGGAACUCUUGUGCAAAAGUAGAGGUGGAAGAGAUGUCUGCUCCAGCGGAUCACAGGGUGCAGCUUCUGCCCAAUCACUUAUACAUUCGAAUACGCUGGGGUAUUAAUUAAACUCUUAAUCAUGUAUUACUUUAGUUUAAACAACUCACUUUAUAAACAAUUUUAACUUUUGGUAAUUUACUCUUGCACAGUAUUUUACAGCGUCUUACUUUGGAUGCAAUUGUUUCACAUAUCAAGUUUGGAAUACUUAAGGGGGCGUUGGAGGAUAUAUGGAGCGGUGGACGCCUAAGAGGGUUGGAGGAUAAGUUGACUGUGCUAAUAUUAUCAUAGAAGACAAUGGUGGCUUGGCGUAUGGGUUGACAGAGCUCAAGUAGAUUCCGUAUCCAAAAGAUAUCGGAGGAUCCUCUUUAGAGCUGUGAGAUGGGCGCUCCGUGGGCAGUGGAGAUGAAGCAAAGCUGUUGGACUGCAUUGGUGAGAUUUGGCUUGGUGAAAGUGAGAUAUUGCAGUGCACUAACACUAGACCGCUAGAGUGAGGGAUCAACGACAAGGGCACACGAUCCGGUGUCCAACUUACCUUUGGUAUCAACAAGCAUGAUAAUGAGCUUGCUGGAAACCAUCCUCGUUCUUUCUAGGAUUUCAUGAGCAAACUGUGUCUGAUGCAGAUUGCUCUAAUGAGAGAUAAAGUAAAGGUGAUUGUCCAUAAUAGAACAACUCUCUUUGAUGAGCAAGUAAUGUAUUGACCUAGUUGAAGUAUUUCUGCCUACCACAAAUGCAUAUAUUUAAACUGGACCCCAAAAGUAUUAGUGUAGUUGUGAAGUUAAAACAAAGGAAAGUAGAAAGGAGCACUUAAUGGAAAUAGUGAUAUCUGAGAUGUAAUUCCCUGCCCAGAUUCAUCACUAGCUGUAUUCAUCCCAUCUCCUGCUGGGUAUGAAAAGAAAGAUUUCGUUGCCAGCAGCACAACCCCCCUCUCAGGAUUGAUUGUAUGAGUAUGAUGACGGUAACAAUCAUUGAGAUGCCUUAAUCUCUGCAUAUAAAUACCUGAUAUGGAUUAUGAUUAAUGGAAAAAUCUAUCAACAAGAGCCUGCACACUAGACUUCCACCGACAUUAGUUACAGUAUCGACGUCAAUAAAUUUUGGGAAAAGUUUACCAGGGCAUGCUACAUCAACACUCAUUACCGCAUGCCCACAACCCUAACAAUCAAGAUACAGUCUUACCUGGGGUAAU